AGAUUGAGCAGGGGGUGGAGUUUGGAGACCUGGGCGGAGUUUAAGGCGGAAGAAGGCAUCAUUGCAGUGAAGGCCUUCUAAGUGAUGGAGGGCAGGGCUUAGGGAGGAGAGGCAGUCAGAGUGCUUGAGUCCUGGCCCUGGGUGUGAUUGGAGGAAAGGGCUCAACCCUCCUGGGGGCCUCAGGGCCGGGAUAGGGCGAUGCUCUUGGGACUAGGAAGACCCUUCCGCGGUGGGCUGGUGUGCAGCCGGAAGUGUUUGAGUGGAGCCUGCUCUGCCUUUCCGAAGCUCGCUCUCUGUGCUUGCAGGUCCCAGGAGACCUCACAGUCUGUAAAUCCCCAAAGGGCAGCCUCCUGCCUAGGAAAGGAGAGGAAAGACCUCUCCCCUCUGGAAUCUUCCCUCCCCUGCACACACAGUCUGCAGAGGACCUAGGACUGCCCCAAGCAGGAUUGAGAGAGCAUGGCUCCUGGGAGCAGCAGACACCCAGCCCAGGGGGAAAAGCAAACUGGCCUAACCAUGUGGCAGGGGAAGGAAAGAACUCCAGGAGACAGUGGCCCUUUCACAAAGGCCGGUAAGCUCAAUGAGGAGGGUGCUGCCUUGAUAGCCAUCAGGAGUCGGUGACAUUCAAGGAUGUGGCUGUGGACUUCACCCAGGAGGAGUGGGGCCUCUUGGACCCUCCUCAGAAGGAGCUGUGCAAGGAGGUCAUGCUGGAGAAUGCCCGGAACCUGCUCUCCCUUGGGCUUCCUGUUCCCAGACAAGAUGUGAUCUCUUAUUUUGAACCAAGGGAAGCACCAUGGAUGCUGGAGCAAGAAAGCCUGAGGCGCUGCUGUCCAGGAGAUAUCAGGCUUGAAAUAAAAGAGGCUCUUGCACAGAUAAGUCUUUCUGUGGAAAAAACUCACCAGCAAAAAUGCAUGAAUAAUGGUUCCUCUGACUUUGCUAUGAGAGAAGUCUCUGCUGUAACACAUCAGAGAAUCCACACUGGGGAGAAACCUCAUGAAUGUAAUCAAUGUGGAAAGACUUUCACAUGGAGGUCCCAUCUUGUUAACCAUCAGAGAAUCCAUACUGGAGAGAAACCUUUUGAAUGUAAUCACUGUGGAAAGACUUUCACAUGGAGGUCCAAUCUUACUGAACAUCAGAGAAUCCACAUUGAAGAGAAACCUUAUGAAUGUAAUCAAUGUGGAAUGACAUUCAAAAUCAGACACAAGUUCACUGAACAUCAGAGAAUCCACACUGGGGAGAAACCUCAUGAAUGUAAUCAGUGUGCAAAGACAUUCACUUCAAGGUCUGAUCUUGUUAAACAUCAGAGAAUCCACACUGGAGAGAAACCUUUUGAAUGUAAUCAAUGUGGAAAGACUUACACAUGGAGGUCCAAUCUUACUGAACAUCAGAGAAUCCACACUGGAGAGAAACCUUUUGAAUGUAAUCACUGUGGAAAGACUUUUACAUACAAGUCCAAUCUUGUUUGCCAUCAGAGAAUCCACACUAGAGAGAAACCUUAUGAAUGUAAUCAGUGUGGAAUGACAUUUAAAAUCAGACACAAGUUCACUGAACAUCAGAGAAUCCACACUGUGGAGAAACCUCAUGAAUGUAAUCAGUGUGCAAAGACUUUCACAUCAAGGUCCGAUCUUCUUAAACAUCAGAGAAUCCACACCGGAGAGAAACCUUUUGAAUGUAAUCAAUGUGGAAAGACUUUCAGAUGGAGGUCCAAUCUUACUGAACAUUGGAGAAUCCACACUGGAGCAAAACCUUUUGAAUGUAACCACUGUGGAAAGACUUUUACAUGGAAGUACCGUCUUGUUAACCAUCAGAGAAUCCACACUGGGGAGAAACCGUAUGAAUGUAAUCAGUGUGGAAAGACAUUCAGAAGCAAACACAAGUUCACUGAACAUCAGAGAAUCCACACUGGGGAGAAACCAUAUGAAUGUAAUCAAUGUGGGAAGACAUUCAGAAUCAGACACAGGUUCACUGAACAUCAGAGAAUCCACACUGGGGAGAAACCUUAUGAAUGUAGUCAGUGUGGAAAGACAUUUAGAAUCAAACACAGGUUCACUGAACAUCAAAGAAUCCACACUGGAGAGAAACCUCAUGAAUGUAAUCAAUGUGGAAAGGCUUUCACACGGAGGUCCAAUCUUGCUGAACAUCUGAGAAUCCACAGUAGAGAGAAACCUUUUGAAUGUAAUCAAUGUGGAAAGAGAUUCAAAAUCAGAUGCAAUCUCAUGCUACAUCAGAGAAUACACAAUAGGGAAAAACUUUAGGUAUGUAAUCACUAUGGUAAAGCCUUCAAUGUAAAAUCAGACCUUGUUUCACAUCAAAGAAUUCAUAGGAGAUAGGAAUCUUAACACUGACAUGAAUGAGGAAGGGUCUUCUUUCACAGCAGAAAAUUCACUCUGGGUAUAAGCCAUCUAUGAAUUAAGUGUGAGAAGGUCUUCAGCCAGAGAUCAUCUCUUAUCUUCUUGUCAGAGGAUUUGUACUGGAAAGAAACCUUAUGAAUAUGCUCAUUGGGGACAUUUUUUUUUUCUGGAACAUUGAGGUUGUUGGUAAAGGUUAAAUUUUUUGUCUGAUUGUAACAGAAUGAUGAAAUAAAAGAAAAUAAUGCAUUCCAA